AGGCAAAACUGGAACUCCCAAUUUCUAGCCUGAUGCCUUCACCACUAUACAGAAUUGGCUCUACUACAGCAGACAAUAGAAAAACCAUAGAAGCUUUCUAUUUAGAACAAAUGGCAAUUCUAUUAUUCUUAAUUAUUUUUGUGCCUUAAGUCAGUGUGGACUCCUGAUGACUGCAUGGACAGGUCUCUGCAAAAUUUUCCAAAAUGGUUUGCCGUUGCCCGCUGAGAGAGAAUAAUUGGGUCAGGUCACCCAGCUGGCAUCGUGCUCAAGGUAGGACUAGAAUUCACAGUCUCCAGGUUUCUCACCUGAUCCCUAAACUACUACAGUAGACUGGUUCUCAUAUAUUAUGGUUCAUCGCACAGUCAGCCAGAGGUUUAGGCUGGAUAAUUGUUAUUGUACAACUUGUUGAACUUAUUAGUUCAUGCACGUUCUAUGCUAUGUUUAACCCUAGCUGUUUGAAUAAACCAUGUUUUCCUGGGUUCUAAGGGACAAACCACAACGAGGGCGCUUUAUUUACCACAUGCUAUCCCACAGCAAAGCAAACAGCAUUGCGAUUGGGAAGGGUUAAAAAAAAUGGGUCUACUGCCAUCCUGUGGUUCAGUGUUGCUCAAUGCCCUCCAUACAAUCAGCCUAUCCUGUCUGGCAGGUUGCUGUAAAGGUACAACACACACCGUGUUUGGAAGAAAAGGACAAUACAGCACAAACAGUAGGACAAUAGUAAAGAACAGGACGGAAAACGGAAGAGCCAGGGUGGUGUACUGCUUCUAAUAUUGUAGAGGACCGAGGAGACCCAGGUGGCCUGGAGUGGGCAAGGAAGGUGGAAUGUCGAACUUCCACCCGGUGAGCUUGCAGACUUGUCCCAGUUCUCCACGGGACUCGUGGAUUCGGUCCCUGAAAGAAACCUCCUCUACGAGCUUUGGAAAAAAAUGCACUUGUUCCGUAGCUGCAGCUAUCGGAUCCAGCUGGAGGGACAGAUGACCAGUGCCCCAAGGAUCCAGGGCAUCCGAUGGGGAAGCUGGCAGAAAAUUGGAAGUGAUGAUCAGGGAGGUCCUUGCUUAAUGACUCUGUGCAGUUCUCGCUUAAUGAUGGUGACCAGGACUGCCAUCACUAAGCAGUAUGGUCACAAUAGUUUUCAACUUAUGAUGGCUUUGCUUGACAAUGGAGUUCCCAGUCCCAAUUACUAUUGACUCCUCUUCCAGAGAGUGAAUCAACUCUGGUGCCUGGGCACAACCUAAAGCAGGCUUCCUCCAACAAAAUUCAGCGGGCAGGAAGGCUCCUCUGCGCACAUCUAGUAGUCAUGCAUCCAGAUUUAAUACGCGAUCAUAAGCAUCACCUCCGGCUUCACAGGCAGUGUUGUUCUGGGAAGGAAUUGGUAGAUGCACUCCUUAGUGCAGGUCUUUCAGUGCAGACCCGCAGCCAGGCCCUUGGGCUUUGUCAAGUAUUGAUGGAUGAAGGAGUACUAGCUCAUGUACGACAGGAGAGCUACUUUCAAGAUCGAGAUGCUCAGUUCUUCCGAUUUGUGGCGUUGGAACCAAGUGCUGAACACAGAGAUGGAGAGGAGCUACUGGAGGCGUUGGCAUUGCUGACCCAACUGGGCCCAACGGCAUUGCUCACCACCAUCCUACGCAAACCUCCUAACCAGCGCACAGAUGAGGAACUUGCACUGAUCUUUGAGGAGUUACUGCAUGUCAAAGCUGUAGCCCAUCUCUCCAGUUCGGUAAGGAGAGAGUUGGCUGCCGUACUGCUUUUUGAGUCCCAUGCCAAGGCUGGAACUGUGUUGUUCAGCCAAGGGGACAAGGGCACGUCCUGGUACAUCAUUUGGAAGGGAUCAGUCAAUGUUGUUACACAUGAUAAGGGCUUAGUGUGCACCCUACAUGAAGGUGAUGACUUUGGCCAGCUGGCACUCGUGAACGAUGCCCCCCGUGCUGCCACCAUCAUCCUUCGUGAGGACAGUUGCCACUUCUUGCGAGUGGACAAAAGGGAUUUCAACCGGAUUCUCAAGGAUGUCGAAGCUAACACCCUACGGCUAAAGGAACACGGGAAAGUGGUUCUUGUUUUAGAGAAGAAUUCACAAGGGACUAAUUCCGGUCACCUUGCUGGGACUCCGGGGAGCAGUAGAUAUUCAGUAAUGGCUGGGACCCCUGAAAAAAUACUUGAUUACCUAUUGGAAACCAUGCGUUCAGACUCUACGCUUUCUGAUCCUGUUGAUACAUUUCUGGGAGAUUUUCUCCUAACGUACAGUGUGUUCAUGCCGACUCCACAGCUGUGCCGAACUCUGCUCCAACACUUCCAUUCGGAACCUUCGGAGGGCUCGGAGCAGGACAAAGCUGCUUAUAUCCUGGGGAAAAGGCAAAAGAUCCUGUGGUUGGUCAACCAGUGGAUGUCUCUGUAUGGACGGCUGCUGCAAGCAGAGGCCUGUGCUGUGGCCUUUUUGCAGACUAUGUCAGAAUACACAACUCAAGAUGCUCGUCUGGGGCCCCUGGUUCGGGAACAAAUCCAGGAUCGCCGGAGAAAUAGAGUGAUAGAAAAUGGCAGCAACUGUGGAUCUCCAAAGCUACAGGUCAGGAAUGUUGUGAACCGGUUUGUCAUCCAAGAAGAAACUUUUCUGAACAGCAGUUACACCAUGCAAAUCAAGGACAAAGUUUCAUAUGAUAUAUACAGACCCAACUAUUCCUGCCUUACCAGACUGUUACAGGUGAAUGCCUCAGUUCAGGAAGUCCUUGCAUCAUUAGUAGACUGUCAGGACUGGAACAAAGACUGGAUCCUAGUCAAGGUUAAUUCAGCAGGAGAUAAAGUUGUAUUGCCCAUGGAAGCUUUUGGUGUGUUUACAUCCCUGGGGUUGAACGAGAGGCUUUUUGCUGUCAGUGUUCAAGAGCUUCACAACUUGGCGCCUCACCCUGAACAGCUUGGCCCCAGUAUUGGUUCCUGGGAAAGUUUGGAUUUCAUUAGUUCAAAGGACCUGGCUAAUCAGUUCACUGAACAUGACUGGAACCUCUUCAAAAGCUUCCAUCAGGUGGAGUUGAUUUACUACGUGGUUGGGCCACAGAAAUUUCCCAGUGCAACCACAGCCAACGUGGAGCGUUUCCUGCGUCGUUUCAAUGAGCUGCAGUUCUGGAUCACCACUGAGCUCUGCCUUUGUCCUGAUGUUAUCAAAAGAGCCCAGCUGCUCCGCAAAUUCAUCAAGCUGGCUGCGCACCUAAAAGACCAAAGGAACCUGAAUUCCUUCUUUGCUGUGAUGUUUGGCCUGAGCCACUCUGCUAUCAGCCGCCUUUCUAGGACUUGGGAGAAACUUCCAUACAAGACAAGAAAGCUAUAUGGCACUAUGGAACGGAUGUUGGAUCCUUCUUGGAAUCACCGUAUUUAUAGACUGGCUGUGGCUAAGCUGUCUCCACCCAUGAUCCCUUUUAUGCCCCUCCUUCUUAAAGAUAUGACCUUCAUUCAUGAGGGCAACCGUACCUUGGUGGAGAACCUUGUCAACUUUGAGAAGCUGCGCAUGAUGGCCAAAGCUAUUCACCUUGUACAUCACUGUCGGAGUCAUCCCAACCUUCCCCUCUCUCCCUUGCGGAGUCGUCCCCAGCACCUCUUGGAAGAAGCUCGGGCAAUGCGCGCCUCAACCUGCUCAGAACAGUCCCUCAGCACUCGAAGUCCAGCUGCAAUCUGGGCCCAUAUCCAGCCUCUGAGAGUGAUUGACAGACAGAAGGAACUUUUGCGGCUGUCACGAGACCUUGAAUCUUGAUGCUGGAAGAUUGCCCAAGCAAGGACAUAAAGCGUGCCAAGGAUUGUUUGGGAAGACACCUUCUUGUGGGUUAGGCCAACUCUCCUCACAUUUGGCCAGAGGAAGAUCUCAAGCAGAUAAGAAAUAUUGUGGUGGCACAUUUGAUCUGUCCUGAUAAUUGGAAAAUAGUUGACAUCGCUGCAGAGCCUAAGGAAUGAUGUAUCACCUGCCUCCUUUGAUGGUUUUACAGGCUGCAAUAUUUCUGGUGUGAAAAAAGACCACUUUAUGGAACUCUUUGAGCUGCCUUACCAGGAAAGGAGCAAAGGAGCUCCCAUUUAUCAGUUAUCAGUGUUCAACAGAAAUGUGUUUUGUUUUUUUGUUUUUUUUUUUUUAAAAAAAGAAAAAUGGGAAGAUUUUUUUGGGGUGUGUAUGAUGAAUUGUUAUUUUCUGACUUGGAGUUUCCUCUCUUCUGCCAGGUUCAAAUAAGAUUCUUUAAAACAUUUGAAUUGAGCCAUUUCCUUCCCUCCAGUUGAGUUGAUUGAACUAAUGAGCAGAACAUACUGAUGUAUUUAUUUAUUCAUUAAAUGUAUAUCUUGCUUUCCUCCUGGAGCUCAAGCAGA